ACAGAAUACAGUCUGUGAUUUGGAAUCUCAAUGUACAGGGUGGAUAUUUGGUCUGUGUAUUUAGAGUCCUGAUCCAGUCUACUUGGACUCCACACCUUCUCCUCCCCCCCCAACAUCUCCUAACCCAGCUGGUAUGCCUCGCUCCUUCCUGGUCAAGAGGGGAUGUUACCACCCUCACCGCCUCAUCACGGGCAGCCCCUACCGGAGCCUUCCGGGGGAGACAGAGAAGGGGCAGAGGGACACAGCCCUGGGGUUGUCCACGUCAAAGUUCAACAGCCCGUACUCACCCCUCCCACAUCCCCCUGCACCUCCGCCUGCUCUUCAGGCCCUGCACCCUGACUCACUUAGCCCACCACAGCCUGUCAGAGACCCGUCCUGUGUUCAGGUUGAUGAAGCCACCCUUCAAUGUCCCCCUGCCCAGUUGAACCCAGCGACUCCUGCCAAGAGGAUGGAGUUCCCCUCCUCCCAAGCGGUUUGGCGCAACCUCAGCUCAGGAAAUCCUGAGGAAACGUCUCAGCCGGCAGCUCUCGUGGGGCUGCUGGGGCCCCUCCUCCUCCGGAGCUGUCGCCAGAGGAGCUGUGGGGAGGAUUGCCCGCUGUGUGGCAAGGUGUUUUCCUCUGUGUCUUGUCUGGAGUCUCACAUCCAGAAGCUGCACAGCAGCAGAGCCCGUCUGUCAUCAGACAGCCCCAGGUCUAGCAGGCAGCAGUACGCUCACAGAACCAAACCAAGGCUGCAACACAAGGAACGGACGUUUGGCUGCAAAGAGUGUGGGAAGACAUUCAAGCGCUCCUCCACCCUCUCCACCCACCUGCUCAUCCACACAGACACCAGGCCCUACCCCUGCCAGUACUGUGGCAAGCGCUUCCACCAGAAGUCCGACAUGAAGAAACACACCUUCAUACACACGGGUGAGAAGCCUCACGUGUGCCCUGUGUGUGGGAAGGCCUUCAGCCAGAGCUCCAACCUCAUCACCCACAGCAGGAAGCACAACGGCAGCCGGCCCUAUCACUGCCCUCGCUGCCUCUACAGCUGCCAGCGCAAGGCAGACCUGCUCCAGCACCAGGAGCACUACUGCAGAUAGAGACCCUUAAAACAGCUGGUCCCAGUUCAGUUUUUAACACUGGCAGGACACUGGAAACAAGACUCUCGGAGAUUUGAGACUGAUCCAAAUGCAGUUUUUACCACCAGCAGGGGCUUAAUGCUAGAUUUCCCCCUCAGUUAUUAAAAGCUGAUUUGAGUUUUUCCACUUUGAGGGGGAACAUGUAAAUACACUUUACAUUUCUGAUCACGGUUCAGUUUUCCCCACUAGGGGGUGCAUUCUCCCAGACUGUCACUAUGGAGAACAUAUGGAGAACAAAUGAGUUUGAAAAUAUAUUGAUAUAUUAAAUUUAUUGAUAUUUAAAUACACAGAUUGUUAUCUGGAACUUGAUUUAUUUCAAAUAACCCACUAAAAAUAGUUGCGAGACAGAAUUAUUCAAAUAAUUUGGACAGGGUUACAGAGUCAGAAGC